UGGAGUCACACCAGUUGCUGCCGGUUCACUCGAACUGUACACCUUCGACACCACAACAGUCGCAAGGCUCAGCUUGCAAGAUCGAGCAAUCACGGAACACAACACUCUCGCUGGGCUACAGCUCACCUUUUGCCCAUCCCCAUCAUCUCGAAUCAAGCGCGCUUUGGAGCUUUGACCGUCCUCUGUCUUUUUGCCGAUUGACUCACCCUGGACGACUAAAUUAGCUCGUGAGUCGAACAUCGAAUGCUGCAAACGGUGGGAGCGUUGUAAACGAUCUCGGUGGCGGAACUUCCGUGCUUUUGAACGAAGUUGGACUGCAACCUGAGGUGGUUCACCCUGUCGUUCUGAUGAGGGCCGCCAAAGCCCCACACAAUCUUGGCAUAGAAGCGGACAGCGCAGGCCACAAUCAGCGCAUGCUGAUACUCGCCAUCUUGUGCUUCUUCCUUCAACAGCUCCUUCUCGAUCAGCCCAAUCAUUCUCAAGCGCCCAUCCUCUCUGUCGCUCGUACAAUCACAAUGGCUGGACCCUCGCACUCCGCGCCUUCCACCAACAGGUGGUACGCGCCCAAGCACAACUUUGCACCGCACAGACCAGCGUUUCAUCAUCGGUGGGGAGCAAAGUUGUUGGGUGGAUUUGCCGCAUUCUUCAUCCUGUAUAGGAUUAAGCAGGAUGGUGCUUCUUUGAUCGUGAGUUGGAUCACGUUUCAUCUUCACUUGAUGCGUGAAGAGGAGGAAGACAAGAGAGUACGAACGAGGGCGGAUAGAGAAGCAAAACGCGUCGAUGCUAUCCAUGACAUUUGGAAAUCUUUGAGGCAUCUACCUUGAGACCGACGCAGCUCGAGAAAGAGGAAGCUCCGCCAGGCGCAUGCGUUCGUCGCUGUGAUGGCUCUCUCUUAGGUCUCCACCUUGGCGUUGUGCAACUACGAGGCGGCCUCCCUAGCUAGAAGCGCUCACUUCCAAUGCCGCGCAAUGCACAAUUUCACGGCUGACCUUCCUCUCCCCUCUACAUCUGCAAAUUUGCAGGGCCACCACUCUUUCCAUGAUCAUCACGGGGAUGAUCACGGCCACGAUGAGCACCACUAGGUCCGGGCAGUCAACUUCAAUAGACCUGUUGCAGAUCGCAAUGAGAUGCGUAUGAAGCCAUCGCACCUCGAUGUCUUGGGGCAUCAGCCUCGGACUGGGGGCUGACAGUUUGCAAUCACAAAGGGACAGCCUGUCAAACGUGAAGGGGCAGUUCUCUUAAACGUGUUCCUUUGCCAGUUCGGACUAGCAGGGGUGAUGAACGAUCCGCAGAAUACGGCAUUGCAAACGUGGACAAUGUAUGCGCAAAGGAAGGACAAUGCUUUCGCUCUCGGGUUAUUCUUGCGAGGAGUUUGGAUUCAGUGCGAGAUCAAAGUAAUGGCUGCGUCUGGUUUGGAUAUUCGUUGCGAAAACGUAUCAAGCAUGGUUUGCCC